UUUUGCUAUACACUUAAAAGACCUGUUAGCCAAAUUUCCUCCUAAAGCUCCACUCCUAGAUUAGGAAAGUUGUUGCAGCUCUAGACCCUUCUUCUCCAUUCAUCUCUACACCUUUUUCAUGAUGAAUCUACUCCUCAAAUCGACCUCCAUAGUCUUCUACGUCCAUGUCGCUGAUUUACCUGAAAAAAACUAAGUAAUUUUGUUCUGUAGACAAGAAAAUUUUCGAUUCUGAAAGUGCUGAUCUUGAAUUCAUUUUGCUACUGACUGAACUGGACUAUCACUAAAGCUAAAAUCUUUUAGAUCGUCUAAUUAGUGCACAGGUCCGUUCGAUUGCUUUUUUGUUUUUGCGUUGCCAAGGUUCCAUACAAAUGAAUCGACCCACGGCUGCAUCUUUUGGUUUUCGUUUGGCAUCGAUGCUCUCACAGGCUAACACCGCAGGUGAUCAACGGGUGUAUUUAUCUGACAAGGAAUAUAAUGAGGAUCUUCAAUAUCAACAUUUUCAGACUAAAGACCUUGGCAGAUUGAAAUACUUUCUAGGGAUUAAGGUUGCUCAGUCCAGCUCAGGUAUUGUUAUUUCUCAAUGCAAGUAUGCUUUAGACAUUCUUGAGGAAACAGGAAUGAUGGGAUGUCGACCUAUUGACACUCCUAUUGAUCCAAAUGCUAAACUUCUGCCAGGACAAGGGGAGCCACUCAGUGAUCCUAGAAGGUAUAGGCGGUUGGUUGGAAAGUUGAAUUAUCUCACAAUGACUAGACCUGACAUCUCUUUUCCUGUGAGUGUUGUGAGUUAGUUUAUGACUUCCCCCUGUGAUAGUCAUUGGGAUGCAGUUGUUCGGAUUUUGCGAUAUAUAAUGUCAUCUCCAGGUAAAGGACGACUCUUCGAGGAUCGAGGUCAUGAGCAUAUCAUUGGAUAUACAGAUGCAGAUUGGGCAGGAUCAACCUCUGAUAGACGUUCUACAUCUGGAUAUUGUGUUUUAGUAGGAGGUAAUUUGGUAUCUUGGAAGAGUAAGAAACAGAGUGUGGUUGCUCAAUCUAGUGCCGAAGCAGAGUAUCGAGCAAUGACUGCAGCAACUUGCGAGCUGGUUUGGAUCAAGCAAUUGCUGAGAGAAUUAAAAUUUGGAGAAACUGGUAAGAUGGAACUUGUAUGUGAUAAUCAGGCAGCCCUUCAUAUUGUAUCUAAUCCAGUGUUCCAUGAGAGGACCAAACACAUAAAGAUUGAUUGUCACUUUGUCAGAGAAAAGAUACUCUCGGGAGAUAUUGUUACAAAAUUUGUGAAGUCAAGUGAUCAACUUGCAGAUAUCUUCACCAAGUCCCUCACCAGUCCUCGUAUUAAUUACAUUUGUGACAAGCUUGGUACAUAUGACUUGUAUGUACUAGCUUGAGGGGGAGUGUUAGAAUAAGAAUAGGAAUAACAUAUUGAAUUCUACUUGGAAAGGGAUUGUAAUGUAGUGUCCUAUUAGGAAUAGGAUUGGAAUGUAGUGUCUAUAAAUAGGGUCUCAAUGUAAUAAUUUAGAGACAACAAUUCAAUAAUAUUUUUUAUCCUAUAUUUCUCACCCCUAUGUUGGGUUUCAAGAAAGGACUUUGAUGAACACCUACUGGCCUUGAAUAAUUAUGCCAAACUGAUUUAGCCACCUCUCCAUUUAGGAGAUGUUCAAUAGUCUCCUUUUAAGGAAUCAAACAACACCUACAAUCUGUUGAUAGAUUAGAAUUCCAAGAGUUAAUUAAGUGAGCAGCAACAACCUUACCUAGCCAUACCUUUCAGGCAAGGAAAGAAAUCUUAAAAGGUAAACCAGAAUGCCAAAGAUUGUUGAAGUCUUCAUUUAACUCUUUCUUAUUUCUGAGUAAGUUCCACACACUUUUCAUACUAAAGCAGCCGGACAAGGUCCGCCAUGGUCUAUCUCCUCCUUCUAAUAGUUGGGAUUUACUCAAAGUGUUACUGAUGUGAUCUACCAGAGACUCUGAAAAUCCUUUCUUGCGUAUUAUGAAAAUCUCAUCCUUCUUCAGUAAAGAAAUCCAUAAAAUCUCUCAUCUUAUGACAUGAAUGAACCUCAGAAGGUAGCUUGUAUAAAGGACCAAGAUUAGUCUAGUUAUCAAACCUUUACCAAAUGCUAGAUGAACCACCUUUAGGUUCCCACCUCAAAUAAUGCUCACUUUUCUUCCUAUUCUCUAGCAUGUAUUUUCAGAACUGAUAGCCUCUUUUCCAUUCCACUAGAGCAUGAAUCUGUUUCUUGCAGUGUUUGGUCCUUAAAAAUUGGACCACAAAGAGUUAUGCAUCCUAAAUCUCCACCACAAUUUUCCAUACAAAACCUUAGAUAUAACAACUAAUGAUCUAAAGCCCAAUCGCCUUUUAAUUUAUGAAGGCAUACCUUGGUCCAAGCUGAUCAAUGUUUGCUUCUUCCUGAUUCCUUAUUACUCCAGAAAAACUUAGCAAAUAUCCUCUGAAAAUCUUUUAAAACACAAAUAGGAGGGAUAAUUCCUGAUAAAAUAUAUACUAGAAUACUCUAAAGUACCCUAGUAAUAAGCACUUCCUUACCCAUAAGAUAACAUUUUACCCUUCCAUGCUUGAAGUUUCCUUUCACUUUGUCCAACAACUCAGCAUAAUCUCCUGUUCUUUUCUUUUUGUGAGUAAUAGGACACCCCAGAUAUUUCAUAAGAAACUUUGCUCUAUCCAUACCUAUAAUCUAAGCAAUUUGAGUAUCAGUUUUUCCUAUUAUAUUUUGAUGAAUGUAAUACAAAUUCUUGUCUUUAUUCACUUUCUACCCUGACUGCUUCUCAUAUUUCUGUAAAGUAGACAUAAUUUUUUCUAAAGAAUAGGCAUUAGUAGAAGAAAAGAUAAUAGUGUCAUCAACAUAAGUUAAGUGAUUUAGAUUAGAACUCCACUUAGGCAUUCCAAACCCCACAAAUUGCUGAUACUUAAAUAAUGAGUUCAGAGCUCUAAAUAACACUUUCGAGUAUAGAAUGAAUAAAACAGGGGAUAAUGGGUCCCCUUUGCUUCACUUCUCUAGUAGAGUGAAAAAACCCAUGAGAUUGCCCAUUUAUAAGCAUUGUGUAAUAUUUAUUAGAUAUCAGCCUCCAGACCAGAUCAACAAAGUUAUUAGCAAAGCCCAUUUUCCUCAUCACCUUUAUAGAAACAACCAAGAAACUCUAUCAUAAGCUUUUGCCAUAUCUAGGUUAAUGACAACAUUAGAAGGUUUUCAUUUCUUGCUAAUGUGAGUAAUCAAUUCCCGGGUCAGCAAAAUAUUCUCUAUAGUUCUCCUUUCUUUUACAAAACCAGAUUGAUUAGGGGAAAUAAGCUUAGGAAAAUCCCCUUCCAAUCUAUAAUGAAUAAUUCUAGAUAGGAUCUUAUUAACAAAGUUACUCAAACUAAUUGGUCCCAUAUCUGUGAAAGUUUUCAUAUCAAGUUUCUUAGGUAUAAGGACAAAAUUAGUGUGAGUAAUAGAUUUGGGAAGUGAAUUACAAGAGAAAAAAUCAGGAAUCGAUCUUAUAAUGUUUGGACUCACUCUAUCCCAACAUGUUUGAUAGAAUUUGUCUGAUAAACUAUCAGGCCCACAAGCACUAUCCCCACUCAAAUUAAACACAACUUCCUUCACCUAUUCACUAUCAGGAAUAGAGCUUAAAGCAUCAUAUAAUCAUCAUGAAUCAAUUCUGGAAUGUGAUUUAACAAAAAUAAAUCUGUCUGAUCUCUAUCUUGCCAAAACUAUUGCUGAUAAAAAUCUAUAGCCUCAUCUACUAUAUCUUUUGAAUCUUCCAGCCAUACACCCUAAUUAUUUUGAAUCUUUUACAAUUUCAAUCUCCGUCUUCUCCUUUUUACCGGAUUAUGAAAAAAAUCUAGUAUUUCUAGUGCCAUCCACAAACCAAUCACACCCUUCUUUUUAUGCCAAAAACUCUCUUCUAGUUUCAAGUAUUGGUAUAUUUAGCUUUGGCUCUUUGCAUCACUGCUCUAUUUUCUGUUGAGGGUAUCUCUUUAAAUUAUUGCUUUUUAACUAUAGCAAUUUUCUCUUUGAUCACCCACUUUUUUCUUAAGAAGGGACACAUGAAACACUGGAUGCACCUUGGAUUCAGAUGGUAGGUAGUGCUAACCUUUAGGAAACAACACCAAUUCUAGCAGUGAUUGCUUAAGGUCCAUAAUACUUGGAACUAAGUUUGAGAUUUUUUCUCAGAGCUAAAGAGGUCUGUCCAUAUGGUUAGAGCUUCAAGUAAUAUCACAACUGCAAAUGCUCUAUCUGUCCUCUUGUUAUCAGCAUAAUACUUCAUUCUUGCUUUUGCCUUGGUCAAGUCGUCCUUAAGUAAUUGUAAAAAUUAUUGUUCUGCAUUACUACAUCUUCGGCAUCUUGAACUAUGUUCUCUAAGAGUGGACUAAGAGAUAGUUGUUGAUGAGUGUUGAUAACGCUCAACUUACACGUUAAUUUAAGUGCAAGGAGGUCUUUGUCAAUAUAUUUACCCAACUUAGGAGUCGGGGUCGAAUCCACGAGGAACAAUGUGAGUGACGAUUAAAUUAGUUUGAAAUGAUAGAUACUAGCUAAAUUCAAACAAAUAGUACAAAAAGAUAAAAAUGGGGCGGGGGAUUUGAAAGGUAUCACAUGUAAUAUUUCUCUUUGGGAUUUUCUAGUAUUAAUUCGGGGCUACGAAUAAUUAGAGUCUAGGUGAUUAAGCAUGGAUCUUGGGAUUAUGCUUUCCUAGGGGCAACAUAUGCAUGAGUGUGAUAAUUUGAUUCAAAUUCUAAGUGUUGGUGGUGUGGUAGGCUAGGUUAGAAAUCCUUUAGGCUAGUUUGUCUACAAAACCCAAGCGUGUCACUCGUUGACCCUUUCGAGUGCUUAAUGAAUGCUUCGUUCAAAAUCACCUAAUACCUCAGUUAAUCACCCCUAUUUCUAGGAUGGUGCGUAAAGUAUAGUCAACUUCACAAUCACCCUUAUGUCUAAGAUGGUGAAAAUUAGUCAACCAUGCUCAUAAAUUAUUUAUUAUUACCUUGGUUCCCACAUCCCUCUUUUAAGGAUGAUGUGGUUUCCAAAAGUUCACCCAAACCUCUAUUUCAAGGACGGUUUGAGCUUUCAAGAGCUUGGGAUCUUCAUCCAUCAAACCCCUUUUGGGUAUUUGAGGCUUUCACCCACAAAUCCUAGCCAAUUUGCUCAAGCAAUAAUAGAAUCCAACAUCACAAACUUGCAAAUGCACAAACAAAUUACAUCUCACAUGUAUUUACACCCUAUUCUAGCAUAAUCCCAAGAGGAAAGACUAGCUACUUAUAAGAUAAAUAAGUAAAGAUUUUACCCACCAUCUCCAUUGAUUUGAUUUGAGAAAAUCUAAGUGAAUGUUACUUCAAACU